UAAACAAGUCAUUAUAAGCUUUAGUACAACAGUAGUGGAGGCCACGAUAAACAAGGGCAUCUCACAACUUUAAUAUCAAUGCCGACCACAUGGAGUAGAUAGGUAUCAACGGUCACUAACGAGCUAUUUAAAUCCAGAUACAUUUGGAUAAAACGUGAUCCAACGAACUAGAAAGAAACCCUAAUCUCAUUUGGAGGGUUUAUAGGCUGAGACGCCUCCUAUUUUUCAGUCUCUACAAAUUUGUUAAGCUCUAUUCGGAGCUUUCAAUCUCGAUUUCAAAUCUCAGUCAAUUUCUAAGAAUUCAAUAUGGGUAAAGAGAAAGUUCAUAUCAACAUUGUCGUCAUUGGACAUGUCGACUCUGGAAAAUCGACCACCACUGGUCACUUGAUCUACAAGCUAGGAGGUAUCGACAAGCGUGUGAUCGAAAGAUUCGAGAAGGAGGCUGCUGAGAUGAACAAGAGGUCAUUCAAGUACGCAUGGGUUCUUGACAAGCUUAAGGCUGAACGUGAGCGUGGUAUUACCAUUGAUAUUGCCUUGUGGAAGUUUGAGACCACCAAGUACUACUGCACAGUCAUUGAUGCUCCAGGACAUCGUGAUUUCAUCAAGAACAUGAUUACUGGUACCUCUCAGGCUGAUUGUGCCGUCCUUAUCAUUGACUCCACCACUGGAGGUUUUGAGGCCGGUAUCUCCAAGGAUGGACAGACUCGUGAGCACGCUCUUCUUGCUUUCACCCUUGGUGUCAAGCAGAUGAUCUGUUGCUGUAACAAGAUGGAUGCCACCACCCCCAAGUACUCAAAGGGUAGGUACGAAGAAAUUGUAAAGGAAGUCUCUUCAUACUUGAAGAAGGUUGGAUACAACCCAGACAAAAUUGCCUUCGUCCCCAUCUCUGGUUUCGAGGGAGACAACAUGAUUGAGAGGUCCACCAACCUUGACUGGUACAAGGGACCAACUCUUCUCGAGGCUCUUGACAACAUCUCUGAGCCUAAGAGACCCACAGACAAGCCCCUUCGUCUUCCCCUUCAAGAUGUUUACAAGAUUGGAGGUAUUGGAACUGUGCCAGUGGGACGUGUUGAAACUGGUUUCAUCAAGCCUGGUAUGGUUAUCACUUUUGGACCCACUGGGUUGACUACUGAAGUUAAGUCUGUUGAGAUGCACCAUGAGGCUCUCCUAGAAGCUCUUCCAGGUGACAAUGUUGGAUUCAAUGUCAAGAAUGUUGCUGUGAAGGAUCUCAAGCGUGGUUUCGUAGCUUCAAACUCCAAGGAUGACCCUGCUAAGGAAGCAGCCAACUUCACCUCCCAGGUCAUCAUCAUGAACCAUCCUGGCCAGAUCGGUAACGGUUAUGCCCCUGUCCUUGACUGUCACACAUCUCACAUUGCUGUUAAGUUCUCUGAAAUCCUCACCAAGAUCGAUAGGCGAUCUGGAAAGGAGCUCGAGAAGGAGCCCAAGUUCUUGAAGAAUGGUGAUGCUGGUAUUAUUAAGAUGCUUCCAACCAAGCCAAUGGUUGUGGAGACCUUCUCUGAGUACCCACCUCUUGGUCGUUUUGCUGUCAGAGACAUGAGGCAGACUGUUGCUGUUGGUGUUAUCAAGGCUGUUGAGAAGAAAGACCCAACGGGGGCUAAGGUCACCAAGUCUGCUGUUAAGAAGAAAUAGAUGUGUUACUGGAGAUUUGAGUUGGCAACAGCAGGGUUUUUCAGUAUGCUCAAUUUUGUUAUGAUGCUUCUACAUGUGUCAUAGGCUUUUAUCAUUUUUCAUGUUUUGUAUUUCAAGGAUUUUGAACUUCAUUGAGGAUUCUAGGUGCUAAUCUAGUUUUGCCUUGUUGUUUGCUGCAAGAUGAUUGGUUCUUGUUUGAUGAACCAAGUUUUACUUUGGUAUAUCCAACUCUGAUUUAAAAUUUGAAGGAUAAUAGAUCUUAGUCGUGACCUGCUUUAAA